AUGUUUAGACACCCGUUGAAACAAAUAGAAACUCGCGCUUCAAAACAAGUUGGUGCUAAUUUCCAACCUUCAAUUGUGAACGAAGCUUAUCACAAUGUGCUGGAACAGGUUGUCACAGCGCUUUGCUAUUCCACUGGAUUCGAUGAUAUUGAAGAAGGAGCUCUUGAAACACUGUUGUUGGUAUUUCAUACCCAAAUUCGCCGAAUGGGUGAACAAGCCAAAUUAGCGUGUGAAGUAGCUGGAAGAACACUGGUGAAUCCCGGAGAUGCGUGGUUUGGUUUAAUCAAUUUGGGUGUAGACGUUCAAAAUCUGCCAAAUUACUUUUAUGAAACCAUCGAAAGAGGUGGUAUAACAAUUCAUGCACCGCAAAUAAUGGUAAUGGAAGAUCGGAUUCAACCAAGUCACAUUGGAGUACCUCGACCUCAUCCGAGCUACGUGUACGAAUGGAUGCCUCGGUUACCUGAUCCGUACACGUAUAUUGAAACAGAUGUUACUAACGAGCCGGAUAUUACUUACGAAAAAGUGCGGGAAGCAAUGUCACAAAAGAGCAGGAACGGAAUAAUGUCACUAGUUAAUCACAUGAUUCGUACUUAUCCUUCAUAUUGCUUAUUUCCAAGUUUCAAGCGAAUAAUUGAAGAUCAAGUGCAAAAAACGAUUGAAAAAGAAAGCAAUGAAAAGAGGUACGAAGAAGCGUUCAUUUCGUUUCGCGAUUUUCUCGGAACUACUGACAUUGAAUAUUCGGAAAAUAUUGCAAAGAAACUGGAAGAAAAAGGGCUUAUCAGUAAAAACGAAUUGGAAAGUGGCGUAGAAUUAGCAUGCAUGUGUUCCGACGGAACAAUUAUCGACACAAACGGACAAAUAUUGAAGUUGGAUGAACAUGCGAACAUCGAUUUAAAAGAUCGUGGACAAUUGAAGACUCGAAUCAAUUGCUUAGAAGCUGGAGCUGAAUCGCUUAGAUAUACUUGGAACAUGGAUGAAAUGCUUGAUGAACUAAUCGAAAUCGAUUCGAUUGCAUUCGAUAUUCCUCACUCCUCGAAAUCGAAUAUGAACAUUGACGAAAUGAAACUUAUUCAAGAUAAAUGGAGUUUUGACUACAUUCCAGAAUGGGCCCAUGUUCUAAAACCAUCUUAUGAGCAUAGGGCGUACUUACAAACACUCUCACCCGACAAAAUGGAAGAAGAAGUGAGACAAGAAGAAAAGAAACCGAAAACUGAAGAAUCCGAGGGAGCUGAUGAAGAAAAUAAGUCGCGCAAAAAUCCUGUUAAAAUGGAGACCGUCAAAGAUGAACCCGAUGAAGAUGAUGAGAUCCAAAUCAUCGAGGUUCCUUCAAAAAUCAAGCGUGAGAUACCUGAAAUAAUGCCUAGAAAACCGAUUACGUCGAAUGACAUAAAUCGAUUUUUGAAAGCAGCCAAAGAAGGCGAUGUUCGAGAAGUGAAACGAUUCUUGAAAUUGGGAAUUUAUGUGGAUGUCACUGAUAAUUUUGGCUGGAACGCUGCGAUGUGUGCAGCUGCUGAAGGACAAUAUGAAGUUUGUAAACUACUGUAUUAUAAAGGCUCCGAUCCGGAUAUUGUCGAAAGUCGCGGUAAAACAUUCACACAAAUUGCUGAAGAGAGCGGCCAUCGCGAAUUGGUCGAUCGUCUUAUUCAUCAUUUUUGGAGAAGGCCGAAUAUCCAAAAGAAUGUCGAUGAAAUGAGUUUUUGUGAGAUUUGUGACGAGUUUUUGCCGACAAAUGAAGUUUCGAGGCAUUUGACUUUAAUUACGCAUCAGUUAAAUGAUAAAAAUAGAAAAGGAGCUGCACCACAGUCUGGAAUUAUGCUGGGACCUAACAAUAUUGGAUAUCGUUUAAUGCAGGCAAGCGGAUGGACGGAAGAAAAAGGAUUGGGAAAAAAUUCAGAUGGCCAUCGGUUCCCGAUUCGCACAACUUUGAAGCGCGAUCGAUGUGGCCUAGGAAUAUCGACUUCGCGGCCGCGCAUAACCCAUUUCGGACCAUACGAUAAAAAUGCUGUCCGAUCGAUGAACGAAUAUGGCUGCAAUGUAUGUAAUGAAGAAUAUUCGGCACAUGUUGAAUCGCGAUUUCCGAGGGUUUUGACAGGAUGCGGACACACAAUUUGCCAAGGCUGCGCGUCAUUAAUCGCCGAAGCAGGACGACCAUCGAUUUUUUGUCCAUUUGAUAGAAUAUCAACGACAAUUCCCGGAGGAGACAUCAAAAAUUUGAAAAAAAAUUUUGCGCUUUUGGAAUUGCUUGAAAAAAUCGCCGAUGGUACAUUAUUCGAGCGAAGUGUUUUGGAUGAAGAACAUGAUAGAUAUGCAAAAGAGAAAAAGUUGAAUGUAAAAUGCGACGAGGAGCCGAAUCACAUUGCUGUACUCUAUUGUACUGUAUGUGACAGUAAUUUGUGUGAAAGAUGCUCUGAUGUAACGCAUUCGACGAAUGUACUGUCAAAGCACAAACGUGUCCCAUUGGGUGAAAAACCGCCCAUGUCGGUGCACUGUAAACUCCAUUCUUCGUAUGUCGUCGAGUUUGUAUGCAAGGAAGAUUCAUGCGAUAAUGAGAGUCCAUUAAUGUGCCUGAUGUGCCGGGAUUAUGGUAGACAUAAAGGUCACAAACACGUAUUAGUUGAAAAAGAAGCCGAGGAAUUGCGAGAGAAAAUGCGAGAAUAUCUUGAAGAAUUGACACAAAAGGCUGAAAUUGUCAACGGAACACUUUCUGUUUUAGAAACAAAAAUUACUGAUCUUUCGCCGGAUCAAUUCGACGGUCCUUUAAGUGAAACAAGACGUGAAGUACGGGCACAUUUCCGGAAAUUACGCGAAGUUAUUGAUGAAGAUGAAAAUAAAGCUAUCGAUAAACUCGAAAAUUACGCAAGAGAACGGGUUGAAAGCAUGACAAUGCACAAAGAACGAUUAAAACAAGUAUCCGAUUUGAUCGGGAACACUUGCGCUGAACUUCAGAAGAGUUUGAUAAUGGAACGAGGAAAACUGCUUGAUCGCAAAGAUGAUUUAUUAGCUUUAGCAGAAUCAACGAGCUCUGAGCCAACAAAUAUUCCCGAUGCUUCUCAGUUAAACACGAGAAUAGCGUUUUCGAUUUCGCAUGAUCGACGACUACAUAUUGGAGAAUUCAUCGAUUCAAGAAUAGUUUUGCUUGGUUUAGAUGGAGCUGGGAAAACAAGCAUUGUGAGACGCUUGAAGAAAGUCAGAUUUGAUAGCGUAAUGGCUCCACAUCCCACUAUUGGAUUUAAUGUCGAGAUGAUACAUUUCAAAAACUAUAGGCUAAAUUUGUGGGAUGUCGGUGGUCUACCCAAAUUGCGACAUUUAUGGAAACAUUAUUAUUCGAAUGCCCAAGCAAUACUCUAUGUCAUUGAUGGACAUUGUCCUGAACGAUUUCCGGAAGCGACGAAAGAGUUAAUGAAGGUGAUUGGAGAUCCUCUCGUCGGCACAACUCCCGUAUUUGUUGCAAUUAAUCGAAAAGAGGAAACUCCAAUAAAUGGGAAUCUCGACGCCCUUCUCUCUCAACUGUCAUCUCUUCAAUUUCAAUUACAACUACACCAAUGUGAUGCUGCUUCAGGAAGCGGAAUAAGUCAAAUAAUCGAUCAAAUUACUACAUCAUUAUCGCGAUUAAACGGAGAUUGUCCUGUAUAA